AUGGGGGUGGGCAUGAGCAGCGGCCGUCGCCGGGGCAUCGGCGUCGGCGGGGGCCGCGGCCCGUCGAGCGGGAUGCUGCCGCUGCUGGCCCUGCAGGUGCUGCUCGAGUACGGCCGCGCCGGGGCCAGCCGCCCGCCCGUGACGGCGGCGCUCAUCGCCGCCAACGCGCUCGUGUACCUUCGCCCCGGCGCCCUUGACGCGUUCCUCCCGCCGCUCUCCCGCGUCGCCUUCAACCCGCACCUCAUCAUCCAGUAUGGCGACCUGACACGCUUCUUCUUGUCAGCCUUCUACCAUUUAAGCGAAACUCACUUCUUCUACAACAUGACAUCGCUCUUGUGGAAAGGCAUACAGCUUGAAACGUCAGUUGGCAGUGUUGAGUUUGCUUCCAUGGUUGCUGCCUUGCUUGGCCUGUCACAGGGCAUCACCUUGCUCUUGUCCAAGGGUUUACUCCUCUUCGGCAAUGAGACUGCGUAUUAUGAUCAAUACGCUGUUGGGUUCUCUGGGGUACUGUUUGGCAUGAAGAUUGUGCUGAAUGCCUGGUCAGACGAUUAUGUCUUCCUGCACGGGAUGGUCAUUCCAGCAAAGUAUGCUGCGUGGGCUGAACUACUUCUCAUCCAGGCUUUCAUUCCUGGGACAUCCUUUAUUGGGCAUCUUGGCGGGAUACUUGCUGGUCUGACCUAUCUUUGGCUCAAGCGAUCAUACUCUGGGCCAGAUCCGCUUGCUCUUUUGAUUUCAGGCAUCUCAAAUGUUGUGAGUUGGCCGGUGAGAUUUGCUCAGAGACUUCUAAGGCCAGGCCGUCGUCAGGGGAGCAGAGUUGGGCGCCGUGCAUCCAGAGGAACUGGUCGAGGCAUUUGGAGAUGCUCAGUCUGCACUUACGACAACUCGUCUUCUGCAGAUAUCUGUGAGAUGUGCAACAGUGUGCGUGAGGACCGCGAUGUUCCCCCCAUACAGCAUCUCCACGAUGGGGGUAACGGUGCGCUUUCAGUUGAUGAGAUCAGGCGUAGGAGGCUCCAAAGAUUUGACAGAUGAUGUAGAUCAUUUCCUCGUAUGAUAACUGCUGUUUGCCCCAUUUAUGCUGGAUAGUAGCAGGAAUGCAGGAUAUACUUCCUCACCAUUGCAAGGGCUGAGUCCUGCUACUGAUAAGGAUAUCUAGUUCUUAGGUUGUAACUCUCACAAAAUGUAAGUAGUUAUGUGAUCCUGUCCACCAUUCAUAUUACCAUGUCAGUAACAACGUAAUAGAAGUACUUGGGCAUGUCAAAAUGACCUUCAGAGUAAUGACCCUUCAUGUCGGUCUUCAUUUCUUUCUAGCAGCUGCAGUUUUGUAC